AUGGGUGAACAAUUGCACAACGCUUCAUAUCAGCAGGCAAAACUAACCUGUCUCAUGAUAGUCUAUACCCAGUUUACAUUCUAUAUUAAUGGGCGAACAAUUGCAACAGCACUUAAUCAGCAG